ACAUGAGUGUGUAUCCAGUCGGAGACUCUCUGCCCUACUUUUAUUGCCUGAUGCUGCUCGGAUGAUGAGGAGAAGGAAUAUCCCACAAUGCCCUCAUGGACGGAGCCGCGGAUGCAUGCAGCUGUUGUAGUCGCAGACACACACACUAACACAGUCCGCGGACCGUCUUCGUGUGCGUGACCGUGCGUGGAAGCUCUCAGCCGGGCCCGCGUAGACAGACAGACAGAUAGAUAGAUAGAUAGAUAGAUAGAUAGAUAGAUAGAUAGAUAGAUAGAUAGAUAGAUAGAUAUUGUAUACAUAUCCCAUGAGGGACAACGCAGAGGACAUUGGAAAGGACUUUUAAGCACCGGAGGAGCGAGGGGGGUCCACUCGCUGCUGGCCGGAGCAUGAUGGACCCCCUGACCGACAGACGCGCGUCUCGGGCGGAGCGCUGCAGCAGAGGAGCCGCCGGUGGAGAAUCAGCGGACGAUCAGCUGCGCGGCUGCGGGAGAGACACUGCGAUGGGCGGCAGCGACAGCUUGAGCAGCCUCGCCGACAUGGAAGACUCGCUGGAAGAGAAGCUAAAAGGACUGGCGUUCAGGAAACAGAUAUCAUAUAGGAAAGCCAUCUCGCGGUCAGGCCUGCAACAUUUGGGUCCGUCCCAGAACCCUUUCCCUGCCUUGAGCAAUGGACCAGCCAAGGAGCUCCACAACAGUGUGGAUUGGAGUGAGAAUGCAGUGAAUGGUGACCACCUGUGGCUGGAGACAAACUGCUCCGGGGACCUCUGCUACCUGGGCGAGGAGACGUGCAUGGUCAAGAUUGCAAAGUCGGCUCCCCGGAGGAAGUGUGCAGCCUGUAAGAUCGUCGUCCACACGGCCUGUAUUGAGGAGCUUGACAAGAUCAACUUCCGCUGCAAGCCCACCUUCAGAGAGGGCGGCUCGCGAUGCCUUAGAGAUAAUGAACCCUUGUUGGCACGUUUACAUGUGACCCGUUGUGUCUGUUUGCGACAGCAGAAUGUAUUGCGACAUCACUGGGUCCACCGACGGCGACAGGAGGGGAAGUGUCGUCAAUGCGGCAAAAGUUUUCCACAGAAGUUCUUCCACAGUAAGGAGAUCGUGGCCAUCAGUUGUUCCUGGUGCAAGCAGGCAUUCCACAACAAGGUGACGUGCUUCAUGCUGCAUCAGAUCGAGGAGCCGUGCUCGCUGGGAGCUCACGCCGGGGUCAUCAUCCCUCCCUCCUGGAUCAUCAAAGUCAAGAAACCGCAGAGCUCGUUUAAAAACUCAAUUCGAAGGAAAAAGCGGACGUCGUUCAAAAGAAGAACCAGCAAAAAGGGCACAGAUGAAUCAAAAUGGCGCCCAUUCAUGUUGAAGCCGCUACCCUCCCCUCUGAUGAAACCAGUGCUGGUGUUUGUCAACCCCAAGAGUGGAGGAAACCAGGGGACUAAGCUGCUGCAGAUGUUCAUGUGGAUUUUGAACCCUAGGCAGGUGUUUGAUCUGUCUCAGGGUGGACCAAGAGAAGCGUUGGAAUUAUACAGGAAAGUGCCGAAUCUUCGCAUCCUUGCCUGUGGAGGAGAUGGAACGGUGGGCUGGAUUCUUUCAGCUUUAGAUGAGCUACAAAUGAAUCCACAACCUCCUGUAGCUGUGCUUCCUCUUGGUACAGGAAAUGACCUCGCUAGGACACUCAACUGGGGCGGAGGUUAUACGGAUGAGCCGGUGUCUAAGAUCUUGUGUCAGGUGGAGGACGGUACCGUGGUCCAGUUGGACCGAUGGAAUCUGCAGGUGGAGGUCUCAUUUGUGCAGCCGGAGGAGGGAACCCAGAAGCUUCCUCUCAAUGUGUUCAAUAAUUACUUCAGCCUCGGCUUUGAUGCUCAUGUGACGCUGGAAUUCCACGAGUCGAGAGAAGCCAACCCCGAGAAAUUCAACAGUCGCUUCCGUAACAAGAUGUUCUAUGCAGGGGCUGCUUUCUCAGACUUUCUCCAGCGGAGCUCCAGGGACCUGUCGAAGCACGUCAGAGUGGUGUGCGAUGGCACAGAUCUCACACCCAAGAUUCAAGAGCUGAAGUUCCAGUGCAUCGUCUUCUUGAAUAUUCCCAGAUACUGUGCUGGUACCAUGCCUUGGGGAAACACGGGUGACCACAGAGAUUUCGAACCUCAGAGACAUGAUGACGGCUGCAUCGAGGUGAUCGGGUUCACAAUGGCCUCCCUGGCGGCGCUGCAGGUGGGCGGUCACGGUGAACGUCUCCAUCAGUGCAGAGAGGUCGUCCUCACCACCUUCAAGACGUUACCUGUGCAGGUGGACGGCGAGCCCUGUCGUCUUGCGCCCUCCACCCUGUGCAUAUCACUGAGGAACCAGGCCAACAUGGUGCAGAAAAGCAAGAGACGCACAUCUGUGCCUCUGCUGAACGACACUCAGAAAGUGUGCGCAGCUGACCUGCGCCGUCUCUCUGCUCCCCCCGACUCUUUCUCUGUCCCACAUGCAGUCCCUGAACGUCUGCGACUGCGCGUUAACUGCAUCUGCCUGCAGGAAUAUGAGAGCAUGCAGUUCGACAAGGAGCGGCUGCGUGACAUUUCUACUCCGGUUGGCAUCGUGGUGGUGAGAGGAGACUGCGACCUAGAAACAUGUAGACUCUUCAUUGACAGACUGAAGGAGGAUUUGAAUCAAGCGCCCUGUACUGGCCACAGAGUGCAUUACCAGGAUGAGAGCACAAGUCUGCCACGGCCUAGUUCAGCUCACAGACUUUCCCCGACCUGGAGCUUCCUAGACUCUACAUCAGCUGACCGCUUUUAUCGAAUAGACAAGGCACAGGAGCAUCUGCACUUUGUGACCGAAAUUUGCCAGGAUGAGGUUUUUAUUCUGGACCACGAGGCCCCACCGGUGAGCCAGGUCCGAGUGCCUGGAAUGCCAGAUGUGGUGGUGGAACCCAGCUCCAGCAUUCCCCUGACCUCAGAGGAACAAGCUCUACUAUCCGCUGCUAACAAAGGAGACCUGAAAACGGUGUCCAGUUCCUGCAGCAUUGGGGUCAGUUUGUUAGUACGGGACUCUACAGGCUGCACUGCUUUGCACCUGUCUGCUCAACACGGCCACUCUGAACUUGUGAGUUUCAUCCUGGAACACGGUUCAAAGCUGAUGUUGGAUUUAACUGAGAGAGAAACAGGUGACACAGCACUACAUAAAGCAGCUUCACGGCAACAUAAAGACGUAUGCAGGCUUCUGCUGGAGGCUGGUGCUUCCCUCAACAAAACAAACUUCCUGGGAAAAACUCCUAAGGACUGCGCCCUGGAUGUUGGAAACUCUGAGCUGGCAUCAUUCCUGGAGAGCCAAACAUUAGAUCAGUCCACUGCACAUGAGGAUCUGGAGACAGCUGUGUGAACGGCUCAAUUGCAUCCGUUGGAAGAUUUUUGCACCCGCACCCAGGGGCUGUCGGCACUCCCCCGAGCAUUAGAGUAUGCUCACACUCAAAGAGAGAGAAAACGAGAGAACGUGAGAAGGAGAAGAGACAGAAAGGGAAAGAGGUGUAUCGAGAACGCCUCAGGGCUGUUGCUGAAAAAGACUGGAGUGAACAGGAAGUGUCUAGCUGUUUGUUUUCCACUGAUGUUGCUGUGGGUUUAGAAUGUUUUAUAGAGGCUCUGUCUUAGCAUUUACUUAUUUAUUGAUCUUAUUUAUUAAACUAUUUAUUCAAUGAUUGAUAUGGUAAAAAGCCGAGACGAGAGAUAUUUAAACAUGCCAGAAAUGAAGGCUUUCUGAACUUUCAUGCAUCAUGUGCUGUGCCAAAGACAGGAAGAACAAAGAGAUAUUGAAGCGGUUCUUCAAUGGUUCAGAGUUUGUUUGAGGGAGGAACUUGGGGUACACGUGAGCCUUUAUGAUGGACAAAAUGCUGAGAUUUUCCAUUUGGAAACCCUGAGGCUGUUAAGACUCUGAAAUCUACAUAACUACAUACUUUACAUGUUUCAUUUUGAUUUGUUUGUGUGCCAUUACAGUGUGUGAUUGUGAAUAUAUCUUAUGGAAACUAGAAAAGAUCUGAGCCAUAUUCAAUGCAAUAUGAAUGGAUGACAUUUGUGCAUUUAUCUAUUUAAUAUUACAUUACAUUAAUGUUUCAAGGAAUCACGGAUGUGUGUGCAGUUUUUCCACUGUUGGGAGCUGGUUGGUUUUGCUCCUUUGGCUCGUUUGAAAUGCCAAGUUGCUGAUAAUGAUAAUGUUGUAUGUGGUUAGACUGAAUAAACCAAAUGAGGGCAAGAAAAACUCUUUGGACAGUGAAACAGAAAAAGUUGCAUUCCUGACACUCGUGUUAACAGUCUUGUAUCACGUCAUCACAUAAAUGACCACAGAUGUGUCUGCAUGAAAACUGUCUGCUGUCCAUAGGACCACACCGAGCCUUUGAUAGAUUGAUUUACAUAUGAGUGCUGUGAUAUCUUGUAUUAUCAGUUGAGAUUUUAAAGCAUUAUUGUGCAUGGAAUUUGGUUACCUCUCUGGAUGUUUUUACCCCUCAGUAAUUAUGUAAUGAAAUGGCAUUACUUCUUUCUCAUUAUUAUUUGAAAUCGUCCAGUGGUUGUAAUUUGCUUUUGUAUCUUUUAAAAGAUGGGACUAUACUUGAAUGUUUUUGUUUUUUCCCCAUUUCUAAACAUCUAUUUGAGUGUAUGAGGUCACACUCUUUGUGGACAUACAUUAUUUACAUAGACAUGUGACAGAUAUCAUGUCACAGGAAAACUGAAAGAUCUCAUUAAAGGACAGUCUGA